AUGAGCGGCGAGGUCAAUCCUGACAAUAAUGGUGAUGAUGAUGGUGGUGUGGACAGAGCUAAUGGAGACGGUGCCGGUCCCGAGGUCCCGGCAGCGGGACCGCCGGUGGCCGGCCCGCCUGACCCUCCUCCCAACCCGCACAACCCUGACAAUGACGGUGAAGAUGAUGAUGAUGAUGAUGGUGUGGACAGAGUUAAUGGAGACGGUGUCGGUCCCGAGGGCCCGGCAGCGGGACCGCCGGUGGCCGGCCCGCCUGACCCUCCUCCCAACCCGCACAACCCUGACAAUGACGGUGAUGAUGAUGAUGAUGAUGGUGUGGACAGAGCUAAUGGAGACGGUGCCGGUCCCGAGGGCCCGGCAGCGGGACCGCCGGUGGCCGGUGCCGCCGCCGACCCUCCCCCCGCCCUACUGAACGCUGACAAUGAUGGUGAUGAUGAUGAUGAUGAUGGUAUGGACAGAGCUAAUGGAGACGGUGUCGGUCCCGGGGUCCCGGCGGCGGGACCGCCGGUGGCCGGUGCCGCCGCCGACCCUCCCCCCGCCCCACUGAACGCGGACAAUGAUGGUGAUGAUGAUGAUGACGGCAAUGGUGUGGACAGAGCUGAUGGAGACGGUCACCUGCUGGCUAGGAACUAUGACCCUGAUCAGUACCAGCCACCGGCGGGCAUGCAGUUGGGUCGCAUGGACACGGUGUGCGGUCACUGUGGCGCGCUGCGUUGGCAAAAUGAACCAAAAGGUGCCUGCUGCCAUCAGGGCAAGGUGAAACUAGACUUCCAUCCCCCGCCCCCGGACGAGCUGGUGGAGCUCAUGACUCCCGGCACGCCGUACUAUGAUGAGUUUCGGGGUAAAAUACGUGCAUAUAACACGGCCUUCCAAAUGGCCAGCAUGGGAUGUGACGUGGUGAGACACGCGGGCGCACCCCACGCCGCAUUCACUGUGCAGGGUAACGUCUGUCACCGCAUCGGAACACUGUUGCCGGUGCGUGACGGUGAGGAAAGGUUCUUGCAGUUGUAUUUCCUGGACGCGGAACAGGCCACCGAGCGCCGGGCAACACUGUGUGGUGGCCUGGAUCGGGUGGUGCUAAACAUUCUGUCAGGUAUGCUGCACGUCCACAACAAUUAUGUCCGUGCACUGCAGCCGGCGCUGCUGAUGGCGCGUGGUGUCCCCAACAGCCGCAUCGUGCUGUCCGCAGACCAUCGGCCCCGGUCGGAGCACGAGCGUAGGUUCAACUUGCCCAUGGGACGUGAGGUGGCGGUGCUCAUGCCGGACGAGAUUCGCGGUCCGCGUGACAUCGUCGUCCACGAGCGCGGCGGGCAGCUGUUCCGCAUCAAUGAGUUCAGUCGCCAGUAUGACCCCCUGUGCUAUGUGCUGCUCCAUCCCCACGGCACGGACGGGUGGUCGAUCGAGCUUAAAACGGCACGCGGCGUCACCAUGCGCCAGUACGCGGCCUUCCACAUUCGCUACAGGCCUGGACACUUCAACCUGAUCCCCAGAGGCGGUAGGCUCUUCCAACAGUAUCUGGUAGACACACAGGUGAAGGUGGAGUCGGAUCGUCUCGCAUAUGUGCGUGAACACCAGGACGGGUUCAACGGCUUCCGUGCCGAGACGAUCCGUGGCGUGCGCGACGCGCUCGCCGACGGCGAGGAGGUCGGCCGAGCCGUCGGCCGGCGCGUGGUGCUGCCGGCUUCUGUGACCGGCAGCCCGCGCUACAUGAUGUCUAAACUACAGGACGCCCUCUGCUAUGUUAGGGACUUUGGCUCGGCUGACUUCUUCAUCACUGUGACAUGUAACCCGGCCUGGCCGGAGAUCGUGGAGACCCUCCAGGCCCUGUACCCGGGGGAGGGGCCGGAUGGUCACGACCGGGCGUGUGACCACCCGGACAUAGUCAGUCAGGUCUUUGAUCAAAAACUGCAGGUGCUGCUCAAGCAGCUUCGUGACGGCAUCCUGGGUCGGCAGCGGGCCAUUAUGUACACCAUAGAGUGGCAGAAGCGUGGUCUGCCGCACGCUCACAUUCUGCUGUGGGUCGUGCCGGCUGACAAGCCCCGUGCCAAUGAUGUGGACGCGUGUGUGUGUGCCGAGGUCCCUGAUCCCCAGACCGAUCCGCAUCUGCAUGCCAUCGUGUGUGCCAAAAUGGUGCACGGGCCGUGUGGUGCGCUGAACCCGCGGUCCGCGUGCAUGAAGGACGGUCGCUGUAGUGUCGGCUACCCAAAGCAGUACCAGGCGGUCACAGAGGUGCCCGAGCGGACCUAUCCCAAGUACAGGCGGCGCGCGCCGGAGCAGGGCGGUCGCCGUGGGCAGACGCCCGGCCGGCGCGGCGUCGAGAUUGACAAUCGCUGGAUCGUGCCCUACAACCCCCACAUCCUCCGGUCCAUGGACUCGCAUGUCAACGUAGAGGUCAUCACACACGCCAUGGGUGCCAUCCGCUACUGCAUAAAGUAUGUGACAAAAGGCACUGACAUGAUCAUGUUCGCCGUGCAGCCGGACGGCGUCAUUGACGAGGUGGCCCAGUAUCAGCAGAGUAGGUUCCUGGGCUCCAUGGAGGCGGCGUGGCGUCUGCAGGACAGACCGAUCCACGGCCACCAUCCCCCCGUACAGCAGCUGCAGCUGCACAUGGACAAUGAUGAGAGACGCGUCGUCUUCCGCGACGACGCGAAUCUCGAUGCCGUACUGGACGGGGAGCAAAUCAACCACUCCAUGCUGACUAGCUUCUUUGAACUGUGUCAGGUAGACGAGUUCGCGGCUACGCUCCUGUACACGGAGGUGCCGCGCUACUACACGUGGCAGGUGCGGCGCGGCCGUGGCGCAGACGCCCGGCCCGCGCACUGGCGGCGGCGCCUGCGGGGACAGCCCCACCCUGACGUGCCGGGGGUGUUCGUGUCGGACACGCUUUCACGCAUGUACACAACCACGCCGCGCGCGGGAGAGGUGUUCUUUCUGCGUCUGCUCCUCAACAACGUGCGGGGUCCGCGCUCCUACGAGCACCUGCGCACGGUGAAUGGCCGCGUGUGUGCCACCAUGCGUGAGGCGUGCUCGGAGCUGGGGCUCCUGGAGGAUGGUUUGCACUGGGCUCGCGCUCUAGAUGAGGCUUCCGUGACGCGCUUCCCGGGUGGCUUGCGCUUUCUUUUUGCGCUCAUUCUGAUUGAGGGUGAGGAGACGUGCAACCCGGCAGAGCUGUGGAUGAGGUUUAGGGACGUUCUUUCCGAGGACAUAGCUCGCCGUCGGGACGUUGCGCGCGCUGCUGGCAGGCGCGCUCUGACAGAUGAUGAGGUGUAUGAUGAGGCGCUGCGCAAGCUGGCCGUCAUUCUGCGGCGGCUGCGCGGCAAAACACUGGCAGAGUACGGGCUGCCGGUGCCGCCGGUGCUCGACGUCCCCGCCGAGCCGGACGACGAGCCGGACGGCGGUGCCCAGUUUGAUCCGGUCGUUCUGGCUGAGCGCGUGGAACGUGAGGAGGUGGGACUAACUGAUGACCAGCGUGCCGUGUAUGAUGAGGUGCUGCGGCGGCUCGACAAUGGCGAGUCGGGCGUUAUCUUUCUGCAGGCUCCGGGCGGGUGCGGCAAAACGUACCUGGAGAAUCUGCUGCUGGCCAAGGUCCGCAGUCGGGGAGAGGUGGCCGUGGCGGUGGCCGCCUCUGGGAUCGCGGCCAGCCUACUGGAGGGGGGAACCACCGCCCACUAUCGCUUCAAAAUCCCCGUGCUCCUGCACAAUGACAAUGACAAUGUGUGCGGCAUUGAUCGGCGCUCGCCCCAGGCCGACUAUCUGCGUCGCUGUAGGCUGAUCGUGUGGGAUGAGGCGGGCAUGAUGAAUCGGCGCGCCACAGAGGCGGUCGAUCGGGCACUCCAGGAUGUCCGCGACAGCCGUGAGCUGUUCGGCGGCAUCCUCACACUGAUGUCCGGGGACUGGAGGCAGAUCCUGCCAGUAGUUAGGAACGGCGGUCGGCCGCAGGUAGUCGACGCUUGCUUGAAGUCCUCGCCCCUAUGGCCUCGCAUAGACAGGAUGGAACUGGCCACUAACAUGCGUGCACGGAACGGUGACGACCAGGCGGGUGAGUUUGCCACCUUCCUGCUGCGCGUCGGCGAUGGCCGGCUGCCCGUCGUCACCGAGCCGGACACUGUGCAGGUCCCAGAGCAGGUAGUGAGUCCGGCAGGCAGCCUCCCAGAGCUGGUGGACCGGAUAUUCCCUAACAUGGACGAGAACUAUGUAGAUCAGGAGUGGCUGCAUGAGCGCACCAUCCUCGCCCCCCUCAACGCUAUAGUGGACAGUGCAAACACCGCCGCUCUGGCACUCUUGCCCGGUGAGACAAUGACAUACUACAGCGUGGACACGCUCACUGAGAUUGACAAUGAGGCAGAGGUCGGACCCAUCGUACCCCCGGAGGUGCUGAACGCCAUAGAUGUGUCGGGCAUGCCCUCCCACCGGCUUCAGGUAAAGGUAGGCGCACCGGUCGUUCUGAUGAGGAAUCUAAACGCCCCGCGUGUGGUGAACGGCACCCUCUGCACGGUGCUGCGCGCCGCACCCAACGUACUCGAGCUGCGCAUCGCCAGCGGCAUCGCACGCGGUGAGCUGCUCUUCCUCCCGCGGCUACCGCUGCUGGUGAGCGCAGUAGACUCUGGCAUUGGUCGUCCGUUCCGUCGUCUCCAGUUCCCCGUGAAACUGUCGUUUGCUAUGACCAUCAACCGCUGCCAGGGCCAAACAAAGCGUCGCGUAGGCAUUUACCUGCCGGCCCCGGUGUUUACUCACGGUCAGCUGUACGUAGCCCUUUCACGCGUAGGUAGCUUCGCUGCGGUGGAGGUGCUGGCUCCGCGCAACCUUCAGACGCGCAACGUGGUUUAUCGGGAGGUGCUCUGA